AUGGUGAAAGUGGUGAAGCUGCCAUUGAAAAUAACCUUGAACCUGGUCUGCUCCAAUAUGGAGACCAAAUCCGUAACUGCACCAUUGAAGGAGUUUUGUAAAGAGGAAGAAGUGAUGUAUGAGGAAACGUUUGCAGGAACCCACCACGAAAAUGACCAGGCCUGGGAGGAAGGUCUGUGGAGGAAGACGUCUGUUCUGGAGGGGACGGGAGAGUCCCAGAACUGCCAGAGGGCCAGUGUCAAGUGUGAAAGACGUCCACCGAGGUCUGCUGUUAAGAGCAGAUCUCAAGGGUCUGUCGUUCAGCCACAUUUAAUCCUUUGUGGAGUGUAG